CGCGACCGCGAACGGCUAGAUACCUCGACGUUAACGGCAUCCAACAUGUCCAAGCAGCAACCCUCGAACUUUCCACCAGGCGCACCUCCCAAGCAUCUCAUUGAUUUCAGCAAGGCCCUCGCGGGAGAGGUUCGCAUUCUCCUCGAGGAAGUGGGCAAGCUGCGAGAUGAACGGCGCGCACUUCAAUUUGAGAUAGCUGAGCUCAUGGCCCUGAAGUCUAAGCACGGCGCCGGCGGUGAAUACUCGCCGGGCUGGAUGCCAAAGCCGGAUGAGCAGCCAGCAGCAUUGCCACCUCCCGAAGAAGCGCCUCCCGAGGGAGAUGGAGUACCCCCAGCACCUGCGAGACCUGCUUGGCGUAUCGUCCACAAACGCAAGGAGCGCCAACCUAAGCGCAUCACCCAAGGGGCCGACACUCCCGCGUCGCCUCGCUCUGCACCGGCCCCCGUACCUGUCACUCCCGCUCCCGCACCUGCUCCCAAUUUGCCUGCAUGGGCGCAAUGGCGACCCAAUCCCAAUCUGUCGAUGCCAAUGCCCCAGCGAGAGAUGGCCGUAGCGGCACCGCCUCCUCGUCCUGGCCUCUUUGGACCCCCUUCUCCUCCGCCUCAGGCUUAAUCUGAUCACGGCUCUUGAUAUCUUUCCAGGUUUUACUCCUCUUGCCCCGGUUUCCACCGUCUUUUUGCAUAUGUUUGGCCCACUUGAUCUUUGCCCGCGUUAUCAUCUCCUAACCUUGUCUCUACUAUGGCCGGAUAAAUGUAC